AUGCAGAGUAAAAAUUUUCUGUUUGAACACUCGGACCUGAAUCAACCAUCUCCUACGUUACUGUUUAAAAAAUGGGACUUCGGGCAAGUAGAGUAUCCCAAUUCGUCGACAAAUUUGUUAUCACAGUUCAACUUGUCCCGUAAACCAUUUGACGAAAACUCGUCUGAUUCGUAUUAUACGCCGCCGAUGGAAAGGAAAAAUGCGGUAACGCCAAACGCGCCAAUAAAAUGUAAGAAACAGUCCAAGAAGGGAGACUUAAGGCCCAAAAAGUUACAGUACACCGAAGAUGAAUUGGAUGCUCAUAGCGUCGUGGACAGCGGCAUACACAUAGAAUCUAACAUAUCAAAUGACACGUUAUUUUAUAAACAGCACACAGCUAAAUGCAAUAGAUUCGAUUCCUCGCAAAAGCAAAUACGUAAAUUACGCACUAAAUUAGACAAGAUUAAAGUGGAAUCGAACGACAAAGAGAACGAUAAAAACGUCGUGGAAAAUAGGUCUACAAACGUGUCGAACAACAGAAACUAUGUAGCACAAGUAUUUUCCGUAGUAUUCAAUCAAAAUGUUGAAGUAUUGUCUCAGUGUGAUAGAAAUCUUAAUUGGAAAGACAUAUUAUAUUGGCUACAGAAAAGAAGGGAUGUUGGUCUCUGGAUUCAAUGCUGCAGAAAAAAGUGUAAGAAAUGGAGAUAUGUCGAGGAAUAUCAUGAUCCACUAGAUGUACCAAAAAAAUGGUAUUGUGAAAUGAAUUUUGGUCUGUAA